UAAGAGAAGAAGACAUUUUGUGCAAAGACAGCGUAGAGGGGAUACACAGACACGGCGGGGCUUUUUUAGGAUUACAUUUUUUCCUGUUGUUUGGACGGUUUAAUACAUUUAAUUAAGAGUCGAUUUUUAACAAGUGAAGCACUUAGGUUCAACAGAUUUAACGCUAUCAAGCUAGUUUAGUAGGAUUGGCGUUACCAAUAACAUUCAUCGAUUAGCUUAGCGUUAGCAUACUCGCCUCCGCAUUGCUGUGCUAGCAAGCACAAAGCUAGGCUAAGCUAGCACAGACACCGAAUUUAGCUAACCGGCUAAAUCUCUUCUGUUUUUUCCAACCACAGAGACAGAAUGGCGUUGAAACGAAUUCACAAGGAGCUGACUGAUCUGGGUCGGGAUCCUCCAGCACAGUGUUCCGCAGGGCCGGUGGGUGACGACUUGUUUCAUUGGCAAGCCACAAUUAUGGGACCUAAUGACAGUCCAUACCAGGGUGGCGUGUUUUUCUUGACCAUUCAUUUCCCUACAGAUUACCCAUUCAAACCACCUAAGGUUGCAUUCACCACAAGAAUUUAUCACCCAAAUAUUAACAGUAAUGGCAGCAUCUGUUUGGAUAUUCUAAGAUCGCAGUGGUCACCAGCAUUAACUAUUUCUAAAGUUCUCUUGUCCAUCUGCUCUCUGUUAUGUGAUCCGAACCCAGACGACCCGCUAGUGCCAGAGAUAGCACGCAUAUAUAAAACAGACAAUGAAAAGUACAACAGAAUAGCUCGGGAAUGGACCCAAAAGUACGCCAUGUGAUACCCGAACAAACAUCACCCCAACAAAUCUGCAUUAUAGCUGGAAGAAAGUUCUACAACUGGCUCCCAUUCCGUUCCCCCCCCCCCCCCUUCUCUCCUUCUCUUUCAGUGAAUUGGCACUUCCUUCUGUCUCUCAAAACAAAUAAUUUUUUUUUUGUCCACUUGUUUUGUUGCCCUUUUCAAAAUUCCCAUGUGCUGCAACAGCAAACACGUCACUUUUUAUUCCCCAUUAAAAAAAAAUUUAACAAUUCCAGGCUGAACUCUGAAGCAUGUCAAGGACUCCAGCCACAGAUUUAAAGAAAACAAACAAAGAGCGCUUUAUUAACUCACGCCACACGUUGGAGGUGCUAUUGAGAAGAAAUAAAGACAUAAAUCCAUAAUUGGGCCUUCAUGAGCGAUCUGUUGCAUUGGCCUUCAUUUUGUUUUUUUUGUUUUAUGAGCUUUUACGAUAGCGAUUACAGUCUGCGAGUAUAUAACUAGUCCAGAUACGAUUACAUGAACAGUUAAGAUGAAUACGAAACCUUCUUUCUGCAUGUUAACUGCGAUUCGGCGGCGUGCUGAGAACACCGCCAGUGUUAAACACGCGUGUCCACCUGUAUGAGGAGUCAGAGGACUUGAUUUUUGUUACUCCUGAAUUUUUGAUUUUGUCUUUUUUGUUUUGUUUUUGUUUUUAGACAGAGCUAUUAGUUAAUCUCUCUUCCAACUACACUGUUCGCUUGUUGCACUGAUUCAAAGCUCUCAUUGGAUGAACGGUCAACUAAUAGCUCUACUAGCUGUCCAUUUUUGGUUUUCAAUAAAGUUGAUCACAUGUA